AUGGCUCUAAAGAUGCUACUUACUGACGCACUGGGGUGCGAGUUCCUCUCGAGCAUCCAACGUGCCGAUUCUAGCACUUUGUUCUGCGACUGGGAUAGCCAACGCGAGACUGGCAAAGAGGGGAAGAAGAGCAGCGGUAGAGACCUUCAUGACGGCAGUUCCGCACGGUGA